AGACCUCAAGUCACGUGAUAUAGUUUCUGAACGAUUUUACGAUCGUAGCUCCACAUCGCGGUGAAAUCAGAAAGUUGUAUUACAAAAUGGCAACGAUUGCAGGUCGUACUUGUGUUUUCCGUAAUUAAAUUUCAUCAAUUGAACGAUAUUCAGUUCGUCGUCCAGUGUUGUUAUAACAUAACAAUAACAAUGAAGCAGUGACACAGCCGACGCAUAGAGCAACAUGUAUAACGGUAUCGGAUUGCAAACGCCCCGAGGUUCAGGAACCAACGGGCACGUGCAACGAAAUUGGGCAAUAGUCCGUAAGACUAAAGACAAGGUUUCGUAUAAAACUGAAGAGGAACUCCAGAAGUUGGAUCAGCUCAACAAACAACCUAACAAAGAAAUCUUGGAUCAUGAACGGAAGCGCAAGAUCGAAGUCAAGUGCGCUGAAUUUGCCGACAUUCUCGAGGAUCAAGGAUUUACUAGCGAGGAGGUCGGCGAGAAGAUCGAAUCAUAUCGCUCUAUGUUAAUGGGCAGCGAUGUCCAGCCCAGCGUUCCUCGUGACGAAUUCGGCCGCAUUAACGUGCGAGAAACACACCAGAUAGCUGAGGCUCAACAAGAGAAGAAUGCAAAAUUACGCGAGGCGUUCGGUAUCUCAGAAUUUUUCGUAGAGGGAAGCAGCCUGGAUCCCGAAAGACACGCACGCGAAGCCGAAGCGAGAGCAGCUGCGAAUAAAGUCUACGAAUUUGUAAGAACACCGAGUCCUGAUCCAAUCGCUGCUACAACAGUGCCCGAAAAGAAACGUAAGAGAAAACGUUCUAGAAGUAACUCCAAGAAGAAGAAGGGAAAAAAGCACAAACGGGACAGGUCCGAGUCCCCGAAGGCGAACAAAAAGAAGGAGAAAGCUAAGAAAAAGAAGAAGGAGAAGAAACAUAAAAAAAUAGAAGUCUCGUCAUCGGACAGCGAUUCUUCAAGCGAAGAUUCAGAUGAUAGCAGCUCCUCGGACAAUGAAUCUAAAAAGAAGAAGAAGAAAAAGAAGAAGAGGUCUAAAUCAGAUGGGAAAGAUAAGCGUGAGAAGAAGAAGUUAGCUGCGAAAAAGAAGCAUCGGUCAUCUGACAGCUCUACCGAAAGCUCUCCAGAGCGCCCAAAAAAAUCUUCAAAACAUGACAAAGUGGCGGAAACAAUUCAAAAAGUAGACGAAGCUGAAAGUACUAGCAAAAGAACAGAAUACUUGAGAAGAGAGUUGGAGGAACUUGAGAAACGGAUAAAAGAGCGAGAACAGAGAGAGUUAGAAGCGCAAAAUCAACUGAAAAAGGAAAAGGCGGAAGAGAGAGUCAGGCGCAGGAGCCGUUCGACUUCUCCAAAGCAGAAGGAAUCUAGAAACAAAUCACCGAAGAGGCAAGAUAGAAUCGGAAGAGCUGGAACAAGGAACGAAUCCCCUCCACCUCCACCUAGGAGGCCCAGAGAAUCACCUGCCAGGAGAGUCAGUUUAGAAAAUCGUGACAAGUCACCGUUUGCGCAAAGAAACUCGCCCUUCCGUCGCAACAGGUCGCCGUCAAGGGGAAGAACAGAGCGACGUUCGCCAAGGAGACACUCGCGGCACAGACACGUGUCACCCUCGCCCAGAAGACAACGAUUCUCAGGGUCCAGAAGACGACGUUCGAUUUCAAGAAGCAGAAGUCCAUCGAGGUACGAACGCUACAGUUCCAGGCGAAGACCGUCGCCACCCAGGCGUAGGAGGUCAGGAUCUCGGUGGAGGUCAAGGUCGCCACGACGAGGCAAAGAGACAAGAGAGAAAUCUAAGGAUCACAAGAGUCGCAGCAAGUCGAGAAGCCGCUCCCGUCGAUCCAGUCUAAGUUAUUCUCCGGUGCGUAGGAACCCCGAACGUUAUAAGGAUAUUUUAGAAGACAAAAAGAAGGAGCAGAAGAAGAACGACAGUGAAAAACAAAAGUCACGCUCGAUUUCACGGAAUCGAAAAGUUCAAACCAUCACUCCGAGGGUUAGUCUACGCUCUUCGAGCGAAGACGAAGGAGAUCUAGCAGACGACGAGCCAAAGCAAGAGGACGAGGAGAGACAGAAGGAAUUGAACACUUUGAAACAGUUGCAAACAGGCUUGGCUGCCAAAGCCAGAGAAUCUUUAGGUAGAAAAGUAAUCAGCCCGAUCAAAGUAAAAGUCGAGAGGAAGGACGAGAACGUUUUUGACAUCGCGCUACCGGAGGAACCGCCAAAAUUAGGUCAUAAAAUUAUCGGGCCUUUACAGGAAAGGUCUAAAUCUUUUUCACCGGUACAACCUACCGAUGCGAUAUCUCCAGCCACAAGUAGAUCGCCAUCGCCUGCUUUGCCCUUGACUAGAGCCGAAGCCGCUGUAAGACUGAGGUCGCCCACAGAAUCUCCGCCUCCGCUGACGACACAUUUCCUCCAAAGAGCAGUCAAGUCGAGAUCAAAAAGUCCUGUCAAGAAGAUAAACCGUUCACGUUCUGGAUCAAGGUCCAGAUCCCGAUUGAGAUCGAGAUCUAAAUCUGUUGAAAAAUUUGCCAAGAAUAGCCGAUCGAGGUCGGUAUCAAAGCACAGGAGUUCCAGGUCAAGUUCUACUUCCGUAUCGCCGGUUAGAGUGCGGCGUAAAUCGAUAUCCAACUCGCCUAGACAAUCGAACAAAAUUUCGCCAAAACCCGCGAAAUCACCGCCUCAAUCCAAGUCAGUGUCAAAGGGCAAAUCUCUAUCCAGAUCGCCUUCGCGGAUUUCAGACAAAUCUAAGGACGUUUCGCCAAAAAAUAUGUCUAUAUCUCGUUCCACGACAAGAUCGCCGGCUUGUUUCGUUUCUACGAAAAUGUCUACCUCUCGAUCGCCGUCGAGGUCUCCGAUAAGAUUGCGAAAAAUUUCGCCUAGAAACAAGUCGUAUUCUAGAUCGCGGUCAAGAUCGUACUCCAGGUCACCAUCCAGAGAGAAGGACCUGUCCAGGUCGCCCAGCAAUCAAUCUGCCGUAUUGAGAUCGUCAUCCAGGGCAAAGCGGUCGGUCUCCAGAUCGCCACAGAGGUCAAAGAAAUCAGUUUCACCACAUCUGCAGAAGUCUAAAAGCAGAAGCAGGUCUCUGUCGAAAAAAUCGAGAAGCCGCUCUUUGUCAAAAAAAUCCCUGAGUCGUUCACGAUCUGUUUCUAGAGAGUCUAGAAACAAGGCAAAAAGAAGUCACAGUCGCAGCAGCUCACGCUCUUCAAAUAGCUCUCCUAGGCACAGUCGACGAAGCUACUCUAGUUCUUCUCGAUCGUCGAGCAGCGGUUCGAGCCGGUCGUCGCACUCGAGUUCCAGCAGCUCAACAUCAAGUAGAUCUCGAUCACCAUCAAUUCCACGUCGUCAUGGUUCACCAAGCUUUUUAGACAGACGUCGAAUCACCAGUGCUAGAAAACGACCAAUUCCUUAUCAUCGACCAACACCAUCGCCACCAUCUUCACCCAGCAGUUCCGAAAGCAGUAGACAGAGCAAUUGGUCAAGUCCUCAUUCGAGCCGAUCACCCACUCGUAGCCCAUCGUACAGUCAUUAAGAAACCUUGGUCUCUUGUUCAAAGGGUUCUAGAAAAAUCAGAUGUUCCUACGUGUAUACAAAAAUUUAACAUGGUCAUGCUUCUACUUGAAGAUUUAAUUGGGCUUUCUGAUAUGUUGACCAUUUGUUGUCAGAGAGAUUACAAUGUGAUUAUAUAUAUUGUUUUAAUGAUUUUACCGUAAAUAAUUUCCCAGAUUCUUGUACUAUCAGGCGAUGCCAUGUGCCUGUGUACCUAAUCUGUAACUAAUCGCGCGGAGUAGACUUUUUCAAUUGUGUAUCGAGAGGCACAUUUUUCUUUUUUCUUUUUUUUCUUUUAUUAUACAAAGCAAAGGCUACCUUCUCACGGGUGCAUUAUAGUACGUGGAAUAUCUUAAAAUUACACUGUUAAGUGCUUAGUACAUUUUAUUGCGAGCAUCCAACGUUGUUAUUACACUUUUAUGUGCAACUUUCUAGUCAACUGUAUUCGAUACAAACUCACAAAUGUUUGAGGAAAGUUAUUUUGUUAAUAUAAAAAAAUGAUUAUUUAUCGAGAGCAAAAUUUAAUGAUAUUUAACAAAGUACCAUCGCCCGAUAUAUCCAAAGGAGGAAAUUCACAAUAGUAAAGUACCUUGAUUAAUACGAAUAGUAUACACUAAUAUUUCGAUAAUUGAAGCUGAAGGAUAUUACUUGAUCUUUGAUCAAGCAUUGCAUAUUUUUAAAGCCUCCUUUUGUACUUCAAGUAUGUAUUUAGAAAUUUGAAACCUUACUAGAUUACGAUAGUUGGAUUCUAUGAGGCACACUUGCAAGCAUACUCAAUAAAUGUUUUUAUACAAUUUAAGUGAUAUUCAUAUAGCGACAGUAUUUACUAUUUUCAGUAGUCUGAAUACCUAAGCAAUAACAAAUCCGUAAGAGGUUUGAACAACAUUAAGCUCACGUGAUUCUACGUCAUUAUUUUAUUUCAUUUAAUUUUCGUCCAUUUUACUAUCGUAGUUUUGUGAAUUUUUUAGAUUAUUAUUAUUACUUACACCUCUACACUGCAUAUCGGAUAAUCCAUCUCAACUCGAGUGAGUCCUGACGCUUAACAUCACAGACUUUAUUAUAUUAUUUACCCCACACAGUCUCGUGAAUUCUUUAAAUUCCAUCUAGCCUCCUUUUACGAGAUAAAUAAAAUUGAGUGGUCAGAAGUUUCACACGAGCGUUAGUCGAAUCUCAAAUUUUUUAAUACAGAAGUCCAUACGCUACAC